AUUCAGAAGGAUGAAUUACCCAAUGGAGACACAAGCAUCCAACUGCAUGACAGCACAAACACUACAAGAGAGAAAAAUCAGACGACAGAUGAAACUAGAGCGACUUAUUGGGACAAUAAUAGCUACUUUACCGACAAAGUCGACAGGAGAAAUCACUCUUCUCCCCCUUCGCCGCCUAUGAUACACAAAUACUCGAAUGCUUACGAGGAAUAUCUUGCGGCUCUUAAAAAAACUAGUCCGGAAAAAUUUACACACGUUACUGCGCUACCAGAGACGAUUCUUCUCAAAAUCUUUUCGUACUUAACAGAAGAACAAGUAUGUAACAUGGCUCGAGUUUGCCAAGAAUGGAGGCGUGUAGCGUACGARAGUUCACUAUGGAGAGAGGUCGAUCUUCGACGAUUCCAUACCUUGUUGGACGAGAACGGUCUCGCAAGGUUAAUUCGAACCCGUAUGACUCCAUUGCUUUAUAAAAUCAAUCUAGGGGGUCUCAGUUUGACUCCAAGAGUGUUCCACGUUCUUGCUUCAGAUUGCCCAAAGCUGAAAAUUCUGUCUCUGGAAUCUGUGACUUUUUUGGAGAAGUUCAGCUCAGCGGAGAAGAGCUUCCCUUCUGGAUUAGGAACACUCGACUUGAGACAUAGUUCAGGGGACACGAGUGCGUUCACCGCAAUAGCAAAGACGCUGGAUGGUAUUGAACAUCUUGGAAUAAGCGACCAAUUUAUUACGAGUUUGCUGUUCGCAAACGAUUUUGACCCGCUGAUGUUAAAGCUAUGGAAUGUUAAAGUGCUUGAGUUCAGUUACUGCACAGCAUUAACGGACUCGAUGCUGGGGUUUUUCGUGRUAAGAUGUCCUUUAUUGAAAUCGCUUUGUCUUAGACGCUGUAAUACAAUUCAUGGUAAUUCACUUUCGGUUUUGAUCGACGCAUGCCCUCGCCUUACAUCCCUGGUGCURGAUGGUACGGCUGUAACUGAUACUGUCCUCAGAAUCACUGACUGGAGCAAAUCGUCCAUAACGGAACUUGAUCUUUCUUGGUGUCGUCACCUAAGCCAYGAAGGCUUAAAAGCAAUACUUAGUCGUCUUCCCAASCUUCGAUACUUAAGACUGUGUUGUGUGGGAUACGGACAUGCGGUAACAGACGAAGUCCUGGAAUCGAUGGCCGAAGCUGGUACAUAUGACGACUUACAGAUAAUCGAUGCUAGUUAUAGUAGCCUUAUUACCGAUGAAGGGCUUAGUCGAUUUAUCGAGGUCUGCCGGGGGUUGUUGUAUCUUAGAAUCAACCACUGUCGGUCGACCACUCCKAGGUUAAUGGAUUUGUUACCUGGRGAUGCAAAAGUAUUUGUCGUGGCCAACUUUCCUAUCGAUAGCGAAGUGUCGUUUAAUCGAGAGCUUCUUAAAUACACUUACUGGCCGACACCAAUUUUUAUGAGAAACUUUGGUUUAGAUGUACAGAUGGGUUGGAAAUGAUUYMAUGUCGAACAACGUCGAAACCGACAGAUUAUCGAAACCGAUUUUGUCAUAACAGCUAGCUCGAAAAUCUGCACUGCAUAUUGUUCCUUUGGRAUUUUUGCAKGCUUAAC